AUGGCAUCUGGACACAAUGAUCCCAGGCUAUUAUACGCUAUUCAAGGCGUCUCAGCCUACCACCUCGCCUAUGGAAAGGAAGAGUCCCUUACACCUGCUGGACCGCAGACAUUAUCACUGUUAAUGGUUCCGACAUCAUCUCCUUUGGCUGAACCAAUUUCGCCAGACGGCCAGGAUGGACCGGCUGCUGAAGAUUUUUACCUUCAUCUACAUCUACCACCCGAAUUAGACCUUCCGCUACCCGCGACCACUCAGAUCUACCACCAGCCGCCCAGAAGCUACCUCAUCCCAAGAUGGGAUCUCGGUCCCGAUAGCGGUGCCUUCACGCGCAUCGAAUUCCCUUCAGUCGGCAGUCGUAAAGGACUUCAAGAGGAUAUAGAUACAUUCGAAACAAUCCUGGCGCAAUGUACUGCGUUUCUCGAAAGAGCACCGCCGCCAAAGGCUGCAAGAAGAGAAAAGGAGAAAGAGAAGUCCUCGUCGUCAACAUCGCCGACUUCUACUAAAUCAUCGCCAAAAACAUCAAAGUCUAAGGCUGCAUCUUCAGAGCAGCUUCCAGCAUAUAAUCCGGGUUCAUACAAACCUGGUGAGGGCUACGUAAAGGGCAGUCAAAGUGCUCAGCCAGGUGGCCAGAUUGUAUUGAUCGAUGAAGAAGAUGGUAGUGUCAUAGGAGAACUAUCGGAUGGGUUCCAGAUCAUCGAGUCUGGCGUCAAGCCAGGUUCUAAAGAUCCUGUCGAGAUUACUCUUCCGGAAGAAGGAACAAAUAAACUUGCUGUAGUCCCUGCGUCGCCAGAAACCUUGGAAAUGGAACUGCAUCCAGCCUACAAAAAGUCGUUCAUCGUAUCGAAAGCAGCGUACGCAUCUCGAUUAAUCAUAACCACCUCAGAUUUCGUCACCAAUGCUAUGCAGAGCGGCUCAGAUAGCUUUGUUAAGAAAACGAAACCCACCAGUAAAGCUGUGACAUUUACGCCUGCAACACAUGAACGAGUCCGCCGGAUAGGCACGUUCUCGGGAGGUGUAGCUGAGCUAUCGUCUAAAACAGUCGGGCAGGUGACCAGGUUGGCCCAGAAUGUGGGGGCUACGGUCGCAGGGCGCGGUGUUAAAGAAGGAAAAAGGGGAUUCGAUGAGAAUGGGAAGCCAAUUGAAUCAUUCAAGCCUGGUCUAUUGAACAAGAGUCUAAUGGCUUUUACGACUGUGGCGGAUGGAAUUGACCAGGCAACACGCAACCUCUUAACUUCGGCAUCAUCAUCCACGACAAAUAUGGUGGCCCACAAAUGGGGAGCCGAAGCUGGAGAGCUGUCUAAGCACCUAAGCGGGAGUGUCAAGAAUGUCGGCCUAGUCUAUAUCGAUGUUACAGGAGUCUCUCGAAAGGCCGUUAUAAAAGCGGUAGGAAAGGGUAUGGUAGUUGGGAAAGUAAAAGGGGGAGGUGAAAUCAUUGUAGGGGAUGAUACUAGUGGUGGAACAUCAGUGAAGAGGUCUGACAGCUCCAAGGCGUAUUUGGUUCCAGAUUCAGCAAGCAUUAGUAGCGAAUCGAACAGCAAGGCACCGAAACGUUAG